AAAAAAACUCGUUUCGAAAUCCUCUGUACGCGGUAAUGCAUCACAUGGCGAAACGUACAGUCGCUGACGUCGUCGUAGUUCUCGACAGUGACAGUGACGACGAACACAAGGGAGAAGUAGGAGAAGCGUUUCGGAGCAGCUCGACGACUCUGAUGGAGGAUCGGCUAGUUCCAAGUACGAUCGUCGACACGACGGUGACUCAUCGAGAAACCCUAGAAUGUCGGAGCUUCUGGAAAGCCGGAGAAAACUUUGCGAUCGCGAAAGACGUUACUCCUACAGCUCCAGGUAUGCUUGAGCAUGCUCGUGUUCAUCCCAAGUUCCUUCACUCUAAUGCCACGUCACACAAAUGGGCCUUUGGAGCAAUCGCGGAGCUACUUGAUAAUGCUGUUGACGAGAUACAGAACGGUGCUACUUUUGUCAAGAUCGAUAAGAUUGAUCUUGCCAAAGAUAACUCACCUGCUUUAGUUUUCCAAGAUGAUGGAGCCGGGAUGGAUCCUGAUGGGAUUAGGAAAUGCAUGAGCUUAGGCUACUCAUCAAAGAAGUCUAAUACAACCAUUGGACAGUAUGGAAAUGGUUUCAAGACAAGUACUAUGAGACUCGGAGCUGAUGCCAUCGUUUUUACUCGCUCAACUCGUGGAGGCAAAUCAACCCAGAGCAUCGGCCUUCUGUCUUACACGUUCCUUAGGAGAACUGGCCAGGAUGAUGUGAUUGUUCCUAUGAUUGAUAUUGAUACAUCCAGUGAUCUGCCCCAACCAAUUAUUUAUGGCAAUCCCGAAGAUUGGUCUACCAACCUUAACAUUCUUCUCAAGUGGUCUCCGUUUUCAACAGAGGAUGAACUUUUGCAGCAGUUCGAGGAUAUUGGAACACAUGGAACAAAAGUAAUGAUAUACAACUUAUGGCUUAAUGAUGAAGGACUAUAUGAGCUGAGUUUUGACGAGGAAGAUGAGGACAUACGGCUCCGAGAUGAAAAUGCCCUCGACGGUAAACGGGUUGCCUCUGUGACAUUAGAACUAAGAUCUCAUAUCUCAUACCGCUUUCGACAUUCUCUAAAGGCUUACAUAUCCAUGUUGUAUCUCAAAAAGUUCAAAAACUUCAAAAUUAUUCUUCGGGGAAUCCCUGUGGAGCAAUUCAACAUUGCUGAUGAACUCAGAUAUCCGGAAACUAUAAAGUACAAACCCCAUGCAGCUGCAGUGGAAUAUGCUGCCACUGAAAUUAAAGUUGGAUUCAUCAAGGAGGCACCUAAACUUCCAGUAUGUGGCUUCAAUGUCUAUCACAAAAACCGUCUCAUCAUGCCUUUCUGGAAGGUCACUCUGGGCGGUUCAACUAAAGGAAACGGUGUUGUCGGAGUUCUUGAAGCAAACUUCAUAGAACCUGCUCACGAUAAGCAAGAUUUUGAGAGGUCUUCUCUAUUCCAGCGGCUGGAGGCGAGGUUGAGAAAGAUUAUACUAGAUUACUGGUCAAGCCGCAGCGAGGCUGUUGGAUACCAUCCUGACCUCCGUUCACACAAGUCGAAGAGUACAGCAGUACCUGAUCAACCGCCUAGUGACAAUUCCUUCGCCUUAGGUGGCGAAAGAAUCCUCGAAUGCUCUGCGUCCCAAGCCGAAAUAUCACAAGUACCACCUCCUGCUGGACCAUCACAAGGAAAUCCUUCACCUUUGCCUUCUGAUAAAAUUAGUCAAGGUGGUCCGAUAAUACGUGAAAUCAGUCUUAGUAAAGGCACUUCUAGCCGUACAGUUGCUCUUCCACCGCCACAUAUGAGAAAUUUCACGGGUGUAAGAAAUCACUUCCAACCAGUGCAGCUUAAUACUCAACCUGUGCAGCUUAAUCACCAACCCGUGCAGCUUAUUCCUCAACCCGUGCAGCUUAAUCCUCCACCUGCAGCUACCGAAUCUGGAGACAACCUCGAUGGCAAGUCAGCGUAUAAGCUAAGCGAAGAGAACAUACAACUGUUCUUGGAGUGCGAGAAAUAUGCAAAGAAAGAGAAUGAAAUGGAACAAACUGUAAGGAACUUAGAAAAGGAACUGGAAGAAGCCAAAAGUAAAUGUGCACUGCUUGCUCUGCUUGUGGAUGCUAAGAAGAAAGAGAUGCAAGAAGUUUAACUAGAAACGUUGGGACUCUGUAAAACCCUAACUUGUUCUAGAUCUUUUGGUAUGAUCGAAUGUCAAUAUGUAGUGCAAGUUCCCAGCAACAAUACCACCGAUAUGUAGGUGUUGUGAUUUGGGCUUUUAACAUAGUUGGGCUUUAUGGCCCAUUUAGGCUCUAAUGAUAUGCACGAUAAAGUUAAAGAACUAUCUCUUUU